GAUAAGGUUAAACAGUCUACAGAGAGACCUCCUGAGGCCAUGUUGUGUCUCGGAAUAUUACUUUGCCUGUUGGCUUUGAGUUCUUCUAUUGGUCAGGACCAAGAGGAUGUGUGUAAUCUAUUAUACAUUUGUGACAAUGUUUCGGAAUUGAAAUCAGAGAUCACUGCUGUGCGUGAAGAGCAGCAACACCAGACUGAGAUCUUGGAGGGAUUGCCUUGGUGCGUAACCAAGCCGUAUCCUUUAAGCUGUGCCGAGGUCUCCAAGACCACCAAACUCCAUAUCCGUGUUCCCGAGUACAGUGAGGAUCCCUUUGAGGUGGCCUGCGAUCAGAGGAGUCACGGCGGCGGCUGGACCAUCAUCCUACGAAGGAACGAUGGCAGCCAGGACUUUUAUCUCGAAUGGGAAGACUACAAGCACGGAUUUGGCCAGUUGGGCAACGAGUUCUUCCUGGGUCUCGAUAAAAUUCAUGCUAUUACCACAGCUGAGACCCAGGAGUUGCUGGUUCUAUUGGAGGACUACGAGGGAGAUCAACGAUACGAGAUGUACGAUGACUUUAAGGUGGGCUCCGAGAGUAACAAUUAUAUCCUGGAAUCGGUGGGUUCUGCCUCUGGAGACGCCGGUGAUUCGCUCACAGCUCACCAGGGCAUGAUGUUCACCACAAAGGAUCGGAAAAACGAUGGAGACGAAGACUGCGCCGCCAGGUUUACUGGUGCCUGGUGGUACAGGAAUUGCCACGUGAGCAACUUGUGCGGCAAAUAUGGCGAUAAUACCCAUGGAAAGGGAGUGACCUGGAAUUCAUUUAGGGGUCACGACUACUCCCUCAAGCGCGCCGUGAUGAUGAUCAGACCGAGAACGUCAGCCCUAAACUGAACUAACAGUUUUUGUAUAAUUGUUUUACUAUUCUUUUUGUUAUCAGUUUUUAUCUGACAAUGUGGUAACUGAAGCUUAGCGUACUUAAAAAUAAAAAUAUAUA